AUUGCCCAAGAUUUCGUCGUCAACAGUGUUCAGUCUGCCCAUACUCGGCGCCUGCUCCUCCAACCCCACCCUUAUCUCUCCGCGACCGCUAUCCGGGCUGAUCCACGGCCCAAUCCUCCCACCUUUCUCCAUAUCUGCAGCCGAUAUGCCUUCUGAACCCGGUUCCAUACCGGAGACUCCUCGAGUCAUUCCUCCUUCUCCUGCUUCAUCUGAGCGUCGAUCAAGCUCGGGCGAUUACUUCGGACCUACAACACGCUCCGCAGCACGACGGCAGCGACUUGGGGAGGUAACGGAAGAAACACCUGAUACCUCAAACUCGGAUUCGAAACGCUCACGAACGCGGUCUCGCAGCCCAAAAUCUCCUGAGUCUACAAGGCGCCGUACCCGAAAAUCCAAUCCGAAGUUGCCCGCUGGAAAGCCCAAGAAGCAGACGAAUGGUCAUGCGGAGUCCAACGGAUAUCUAUCACCUAUCGCGAAACCCGGCGGCAGCUGGCACGACAUCUCUCGAUCACCUUCUCCUCUUGGUCUCAUACCUCUCCAUAGCCGUUAUCGCUCCUUUAUACACCGUCAUGAGAUCCCGCGCAAACUUCUCCAUGUAUCGAUCGGCUUCCUAACCCUCAACUUGUACAGUCGCGGCAUUCAAACCCUCCAGAUUACGCCAUGGCUCUUCGGAGCUCUCGUACCGAUAGCCACGGUAGAUAUCGUCCGUCACCAUUCCACCAAGAUCAACAACAUAUAUAUUCGGUGUGUGGGGGCUUUGAUGCGCGAGACAGAGGUUUCCGGCUAUAACGGUGUGAUCUGGUAUCUUGUGGGCACAUAUGCAGUGCUGCGCUUCCUCCCCAAAGACGUCGGAGUCAUGAGCGUACUGCUCCUCAGUUGGUGUGAUACUGCAGCCUCCACAUUCGGUCGUCUCUACGGCCGUUACACAUUCCAGCUGCGCAAGGGCAAGAGUUUCGCCGGGACACUGGGAGCCUGGUUUGUGGGUGUCCUGACCGCAGCCGCAUUCUGGGGAUACUUCGUACCUUACAUUGGAACCUUCCCCAAUGACCCCGAGGGAUCGUUCAUGUUCACCGGUCAGCUCAACCUUCUUCCUAGCUCGAUCAAGAACCUCAUCGGCUGGACUGCGGACACCCCCAGCGCUGUCAUUUCGGGCCCGUUGGCCCUCGGCGUUAUGAGCGUCGUCUCCGGCUUAGUCGCCGCUGGAAGCGAGUUCGUGGACAUCUUCGGCUGGGAUGAUAACCUUACUAUCCCGAUCCUGAGCGGUAUCGGAUUGUGGGGUUUCCUGAAGGUCUUUGGUUGAGCGGACUACCGCAGCUAAUGCCGUUAUAUCUCCCCUUUUUUGUUCAUUACCACAGCACUGGCAUGGCUUGGAUAGUCGCUGAAGCGCGCGACAAGCCGCGAGCCGCAGUAUCGACUCACCAUUCAUUUCAACCCUCUUUUCCUUUUCCUCUGUUCAAUCACCUACCUAUCCUGUCUAUUUCUUAUACAUACACCCGAUUACCCCAUGACCAACUACAUCACCACUCUUCUUAUCUUUGAGCUCUUACUCGAUUACCCCCCUGUUUUGCACUACUCUGAAGGGGAAAGUCUUUGGAAAUAAUUACUUUGGCCCGCAGAA